GUGCCCGGGUUCGAAAGCGGCGCGCGGGGCGCGCGCGAGCCUCGGCCCGGGAUGGCGCAGGCCUUGAAUCAUUUAAAAAAAGACUACAGAGCAAGAUUCUGCCAUGGAGGAGGAAGUAAGAUUGAUGUACAGCCAGGUCAAAACGUACUGAAACUCAUACAGGAUUGUUUUGAAAGUUGCAGCAGUGAUCUUACAAUAAACUCUCCAAAUGCAACCCUUUGCUCAGCUCCUGUUGUCAAAAAUAGGAAGAGGACUUCAAUGCGGAGCCAAAGCCCAAAGGCAGGAUCAACCAACUCUGUGAAAAGAGCCUGUUAUUCUCCAGAAUCCUCACCUACAUCACUGCUAAAACCAGUCAGCAGCAGAGGACAGUCAUAUGAAUCACCCUUGAAGCCUGCAAUACAGGAUUAUGUAGAUGUUUCUAAAAAAACAGAGUCUCCUGUGUCUGAAAGCAAAAAAAAUACAUUAGAAGAUGUUGAAGUGCUGUGCCAAAGUCCUGCCAUGGUUUUGGACCCUGAGGAUGAUCACGGUUCUGUUGGAUCACCUUUUCCUGUGGAGAAAGGGAAAAGUUCUCCUGUACUUAAAUAUUCAGCCUCGAUAUCACCUCCAUCACCUCCUCCUGUGAAAGAUCAAGAUAUGGAAAUCGAAAAUGAAUGUGAAUUUUUAAUUGAUGACUCAGGUGGUGCAUCAUUUACUUCUUGGAUUUCAAUACCCAGUAAGAAAAGAAAAUCAAAAAAAGAUGGCUCUGCAACUCCUGUUUCUAAAUCUCAGCCCUCUGAACAGAAGAAGACGCAGAGUAAGAAAGGCAAGAACAGGAAAGCACAGGUUGAAGCACUUACUAAACAGAAACUGAAUAAUCUGGAUGUUGGAGCCUUUGACAUCAAAAGAACGUCAAAAUUGGAUCCAAUCUCUAACAGUGAAGGAAAUGUCCUUAAAUCUCAAAGCCAAAAGAGUACUCAUAGAGGAAAGACUAAAAAGAAUGCACUUAGGCAAGACUCUCCAAACCAGAAAAAGAACACAUCCUGGAAACCAGAAGCUGAAGAACUGAUAUUGUCAUGGUCUGGAUUGGAAACAGAAACAUCUGAUGCAGAAAAACAUAAAACAAGGGUGCUGCCAAGUGAAGAUUUGCCUAUGCCCUCAUCUGGGCAUCAGCAAGAACAGACUGUGUCUCCAAAAAAGUCUAUCAAGUCUUCCAAGAAUCUGCAAUCAGCUUUAAAAGCUUCUCAGCAUUUAGAUAAGAGGAAACAAACUGCUAAGCAGAAACUUCCUAAGGUUAAAGCAGCUAAGAAAUUGGCAUUAAGUCCAAGAAAGGAGCUUAAAAAAUCUGUCCAGAAAAGUAGUAAUAAAAAACCUCAGUUGCAAAGAGAGAAGAGUUCUGACAGUGAACCUAGUGAAGAAGAGCAUGAAAGAGAGCCUGUAGAUUUGAAAGAUGUGUGUACCACACCCUUUGCUGUUUAUUUUUUAUUCUUUUGCAGUGGGCCUGUUCUAGAACAUUGUGAUAAAUUUGAUUCCAACACUAAGUCUUGUGAACAGUAUGAUACAUCAUCAGAGACUUUUGAUGACCUGAAUUACAAAGUGAGAGAUCCAUUGUCAGACAACAUAGCAAGGCAUAAAAUAGUAAUGCCUUCCAACACACCUAACGUUCGUCGAACGAAAAGGAUACGGCUGAGACCUCUGGAAUAUUGGAGAGGCGAGCGCAUAGACUAUACUAUGAACUCUUCAGAAGGGCUUGUGAUUAGUGGAUUAGUGCAUCCAGAAACACAAUCUCACAGUAAGAAUAGACAGAGGAAGGAUCGUCACAAGCAGAAAGCCAACAAAACAAAUAGAAGAGAGAUACCUGCAAGUUUGGAUCACAACCUAGCUGAUACUUCUAAGCCAACCAUUGUACUGGACCCAGAAACAAAUGAGGAGGUAGUUCUAGAAUGUGUUAACACUGAAAGCAGUCACGCUUGCUCCUUCAAAGACGAAGCGGUAGAAAUAUACAAAAAUCUGAAUACAUCUGUUUUUGCAACUGGUAAAUUGAUUUUGAAACCACUUAAGGAAAAGGGACACCAGUUUGUCCACAUGGAUACAAUAGCUUUCCAUAUUAUCCGUGGCAAAAUUAUUGUUACAUUACAUAAGACAUCAUAUUAUCUGACUACAGGAGACUCCUUUUAUGUUCCUCCAGGAAAUGGAUAUAACAUACGUAAUCUUCUGAACGAAGAAAGUAUUCUUCUCUUCACGCAACUCAAAGUCAGGUGAAGAACCUUCUGCAGAGAAGUUUGCUGAAACACUUGUCAAGCUUUUGUAUGUUCUGGAGUUCUUUUUACAUACAAAAUUGUUUGAGUGUGCCCACCUUAACAUUACAGAUUAAAACAGAGCAGGUGAAGUCAACAUAAGAGUUGGGAACAAAACCAAAAGAACCUCAGUAGUUUGCUUUCAAACUAAAAUGAGAUACUGAAGGGCCUCACUUUGCAUCAAUUACUGUUCUUGUGCCAUCCAGUGACAGAAAGAUAAAAGUAUAAAAUGUGUGGGUAUAUUUAUUGUUCCAAAUUGUAUCAAUAUGCUUAAUCUCCCUAAAGAUGCUUAGCACUUGAAAAAAUGUUGACAUCUUCAGCUAACAUCUGAUAGAUAGUCUUAACAACUGCCUGGUACAAACUGCUUAGAAUAAUCUCUAUUUAAAUGAUGAACCUGCUGUUUGCAUUCCAGUAAUUGUUGUCUGGGAGAUGGGCUGCUGAAAUGUUUGUGUGCUGGGGUCCAGCCGCCUUCUAAAUAUGCUAAUGACAGGCAUUUGUUCCUUGUCUGGCAGCUGUAUGAUUAGUGCCUCUGGUUCCAAUAGUAAAGCAGGAGCUUUUAAGUAGGAGCUUAUCAGUUGUGUCUUUUGUGUGGAAGCUGUGGCCUGAUUAGCUCUGAACAUUGUUGAUAGCUUUAUUUUGUGUAACAGUGAUAGGUCAUUGCCAAAUGUAUUACUUUAAUAGCUCCUUUUGAUUUCCUUGCUGUGUUCGGGGUAGUAAUAAGGACCUCUGGGAAAGCUGUAAUUAUACUGUAUACUCCAGAAGCCAAGUCUAGACACCAGAUGGUAUACAUAGCAUUUGUCUCCCAAGCUCUUCAAGGUUCCUUCUGACUGAAGAUAAACUACAGCUAUUCUGAUGGGAUGGUUUCUCUCUCUGGUCACUGCUGUCCUCAAAGAGAAGGAGAUAAGGAAAAUUGAAUUGGAAUAGAGAACUUUUAAAGAUUUGAGGAUUGAGUAUUGACCUCAUAAAUGAUUUUGGCCAUGAUCUUUAUGCUAAAUCUAGAGUAUGCAUUAAAGUAGGAAAAAUGAAUUGGCUUUCAGCUGCCAGCUAACUUUGUGUGUCUGUGAAAGGGCUUGGACACCAAGACUUCCAUGCUUCUGUGAAAGAUCCUUUAGACUGGGGAGUCUGAGAUAAUACUUUUUGUCAUUCUCUUUCAAGUAGUAAUUUCUGUAGCUAGUGCAUACUGACAGUGGAAAUACUUGGUAUGGGUUAUGUGACAUCUUUGCAUUCAUGGCUGGGUCACAUGUAACUGGAAAAUGAAAUAGGAACAUGCCUUUUGCCAUUUAGUUCUGCCUCUGUCUUGAUAUGAACUAUUUGUAUCAGAGUUCAGACUACACAGAAGGAACUUUUUUCCCAGCUUCAACUUUUGUAAGCAGUUUGAGUUAAAAUAAAAAAAAAAGUCAUUUAGUUACUAAAUAUGAGUUUGAUGUUGACAGCUUUUCUGAAUUUUGCACUUGAAAUGGUCUCUUCGAGAUCAGAAAGAUUCAAAUACUGUCCUUUCUGUCUUGAAGCCAUACCAGCUACCACUCGGGCAUAUAUGCUGUCUCCACUGCUUUAAGGAAUCCCACCCACUAAAAUGUUUAGUUUUUAAAUCUUUCAACUCCUCAGGCCUGCAGAGGUCUGGAACUUUGCCGCUUGGAAAACGAGUAGAGGGCCACCAUUAAACUCAAGUCUCUGCUUCUAACCCAAGCACGUGUCCCCGUAGUCAGGCCAUGGAUGCCAUGGUCUCUGAUCCCAGCAGCUCAUCGGUUCCAGUUGAAAGUCAGAACAAGAAAACUUUGCAGUUGUGUUAAAGGCCAGGGAAUUUAGAAUGAAAAUACUCUGCGAGUUUUCUUCAGUGUUACCUGUCUGCAGAUUGAGUAGCAGAAGGAUGGAUACUUUGUUAAGGGUUAGUGAAUGUGUAUGGACUAGGGAGCUCAUGGCCCUAAAGGAAAGCAUGGAUGAUGUUGUGACAGAACUCAGCAGACUGUUGCUUGCCAGUGAUGUGUUUUCAUUUCGUGGACUCAAAUGAGAAGUGAUACGUUACCCUUCUCAUAUCAGGCAGUGAUGUGUCUUCCCCCACUGCACUGUACAGGCACUCUGCAGCAAGGUUUUGAGUCGAUUUUCUUUUGGGUCAAGAGUAAAUGGUGAGAAAUAUGUCCUUCAGGAUGCUUCCUUAAGCAGAAGUAACGUGCAGACCUUUUCCUGACACAGGCUGGAAAGUGCGGGUGUUCAAAUGCAGGUUUGAGGUCAGCAUGCCUGUUUGUGUUUUCCUAAUUCUAAGUCUAGGAGUGUCAACAGAAUAGGGUGGAUUUGGUAAAGUAUAUCGCUUUUUAGUCUAUGGGUUUGUUGCUUUCUGGCUAGUUGGUUUCUUGGGAGAGAUGUCCUGUGUGAUUCGAAGAGAACAUUUUGUAGUUGGAUCACAUCUCAAAAUGUUUGUGUUUUACUUCUUUUUUAAGAAGCAAUACCAGUUGUGCCAAGGGAUGUUCUCUGGAAUAUCGCUGUAGCUUAGCAACACUUCUACUGUUUGUCAGUAGAUGGGGCUUCAAGCACAGUUGUUUGUCCUUUGCUGGCCUCUGUGUUCCAUCAGGGUCUGGUUUUUGAAAGGGAGGAAGAAGUGUGUUACAGGUGGAGAUAAAUUCAGUUGAAUUCUGUUGCAAGGAGGUGUAAAUCAGUUGCCAUUAACAGUAGGACUUGGUACUAAAUGUUGCUAGGUUCAUUCUGUUAGCAUGGAUGUUGUACUAGUUGCAGCCACUUUCUCAAAAUUGUUUUUUAAAUCAUUAAUGCACUGCAGGAGUUGUUGAGUUGAGCUAGGUUGUUUGCUGCUGGCCUGGAUUACAUUUUAAUUUUUUUUCUUCAACUGGACACUUGUAUGAAAUUUGCUUCUGUGUCAUUAGCCUAAUUAUAGCGUGGGGAGUUGCAAGAGGAUCUUCAGAGUUCCAGGACUUUUAUGGCUGCUGAGCUCUGCAGCGUGUCAGUCAGUCAGUAAUCAGUUGCUAGUCAGAAGCAGCAGCUGAUGUUUCACCUCUGCCUGGUCUUGUUUUGGCUCCAUUUUUGUGUACAUCAGGCCAAAUUGGAUAUUGCAAAUAAAAAAGCCUUUUCCAAAAUGUGAGAAGUUUGCAUUCUUCUUCCUGCUUAUGUGUGAUUCUUUUUACAUGCAUAUUUUCUACUCUGCUGAGUAAUCUCACUUCCACUGGCUACUGUGGUUUAGCCAGGUUUUUGUUGAGCUAGGCUGACAUUGGUUAGCCAGUGUUACCUGCGGUGGAAUGAAGUUGGGAGCAUUGUUGUGUAAGAGACAUGGCCUUUUCCGCUGACUGUGAGAUAUACAUACUGUUCCUGGAGGAUACAUAGUGAUAUCCUGGAGGAUAUCCCUGUUUUAGUAUAUUAAUUCAUUGCUUUCUGUCAACAGUAAUUGAGAGAGCUGGAAACAAAAGCCAAGUCACAUAUUUCACCUUCAUGUUAGUAGGUACAUGUGUUCUGUAGCAGGUACUGUGGUAACAUCCAGAGACUUGUUUUAAGAUGCUUAACUGAGAAGUCCCACCACAAUAAAACAUCAGAGUUUUGAAGGCUUUGGCUCCCUUUGAAAAAAUUACAGGUUAGUAGGUUCUUUUGCAGAUCUAUCUUUUUGUAGUUCCGUUUGGUUAGAAAGCUGUUCCUGUUUUCCUAAACAAACCUUUUUCAUCUUAAAGCAGCAGAAGAAUGAUUGCAGAACUGUCAGAUAUGUAUGCACAUCCAUAUUUGUACAACUCUGUAAACAUAAAAUAGGAGAUUGUGAGCUGAGUAAUUACAGAAAAAAAUAAACGGGACCAAUAAAACAAACUGUUGAGGCACAUAUACAGCUUCUUCUGUUUUUCAAGUGCACAGCUAAAUUUAAAUUAACAUUUGGAGAAUACAAUAAACCUAAAGAGCUAUUUCCUCAUUUCAUAACAGCUGAAAAGGCAUUUCAGCACAAAGGAAUAUUUCUUACAUUUUUACUGAUGUACAGACUCUGCAUGAUGGCUUUUGUAAUACAGGAUUUACUUUAAGUGGUGAUUGAUCGCAGAUAAUACAUCUAACUGAAAAGCAUGGACCAUGCCUCUUUAAUGGUAUUGACAGCUGUUGUAAUUGAAUAUCUUAAUCUUUCCAAGCUGGUACAUUUCCUUUACAGAAUAUCGUGUCACUUCAUGGAUGUUCACAAAUGCAGUCAGAAGAGAUCUCAAAGCCAAACUUUUCUCAGAUUGCAUGGACAAGCUUCAUUUAGGAUUUGAUAACCAAAGUGAUUCCUAUGGGUUAAUUCUACAAUGAAAGCAGUGGUUGAUCAUCAGUCAAAACAGUCAGCUGCAGAUUCUUAGGGAAGGAAUACAUUAAAAGAUGUACCUCCAGAGCUGCCCUGUGUCCUUAAGCCCACCCACAAAGCUCCUGUUCUGAUCUGCUUCAGUUAAAGUUCUGUGCCCAAGGUGCACACAAAGGUUGUAAAACCACAUGUACUUUGCACUUCUUCUGCAGUCGUCUCUUGUACGGAGCACAAGAGGAACAAUGAUUGAAACAAGGAGCUGGAAGAAGCAAAGUGUUUACUUUGUCAGUCUGACUGUUCAGUUGAGAUACAAAUCUGAAAGUAUUCACAGGAAAAAAUAUUAAUGUCCAGAAUAAGACUUUUAACUUCUCUUUGCACCUUGAUAGCUAAGGACUUUUAAAUUUGAAAACUGAAGAAUUCCAGUACUCUUGACUAGUAUUCAGGAAGUUUGCUAAGUGGGUGCAAUAGCUGUUAACACACGUUAUUUCAUUUAUCUUAUUAAAUUUUUUCAUUGUCCUGGUGUUUAAAGUUGCCUUUUCCUGAGUUUUCAGUAACAGUAACUGAAAUGAGAAUUGAUCAAGAUGGCAGAUGCAUGAUAACGCUGUGUGGAUAUCUACUGGAAUCAACAUGCCAUAAAGAGGGAGAGGAAAGGAGUGAUAUCAGAGGUGUAAACAUAAUGAAGAGCUGUAUUAGUGUCCAAAGGUCUUGCAGACUAGGUUAUGCAAAGGGUUUUCAAUGAAACUCAAUAACUUUGGAAAGAGAUGGGUAUGGGUAAGGGUUUCUGGUGUUGGUGCCAUGAGGACACAGCUGUCUGUACUGGUAACCUACGCUCUCGGUUUGGGAUUCUAAUAGUGAUAUGAUUAGUGUGGUUUAAAAUCGUUAUGUCAUCUUCUCUAAAAUGACAGCAUUCAGCUAAUGAACAUGAUGUAUAAUCCACUGAAAAAGAGGCCUGAACUUACUGAAGUUUAUCCUUUCUUUACAUUAGCAACAUUUUUGUGUUGUAGUACAGUGGGAGUAAUUCCAAGAAAUGAAAGUUAAUUAUGAAAAAGUUUUUUUCAAACACAAUCUGAACUUGGAAUUUUAUUGCUGACGAAGAGGGAGCUCCCCUAGGAUACAGUAGCCUAUACAUUGAAGAAACUGAGUAGUUCUCCUAUAUUUCAGUUAGUGCCAAGUCAGCUCAGAGGCUAAUUAAU